GAGUUCUGUGUUCUGAUGAAGGUGAUGAUACCGAGUCUUGAUAAGAUCCAGCAAGCAAUCAUUCACCUGGUGCAUCUGGUGCUGGAGGUGAGCCGCGGCGUGGCAUGCUGGAAACAGGAUUGCCGCUCAGACGACGUUGGAAAGUCUGGAUCUGGGCGGCUGAGGAACUUCUUCCAGAGUGUUUCUGAAAACAAGAAUGUGUGCAAGCCUGUAGGACUUCUAAUGUCAGGGGUGAACCUCCUGGGUAAACAGCCCGGAGAUGUGCUCAGUCAGUUCAGAGCCUUCAAAGUAAUCUGGGAUCAGGACCGAGACGACCAAGUCAAGGAAUUCAUCAGUAGCAACCCCGACCUAUACCUGAUAAAGGAGCAAAUUUUACACUAUGAAACGGUUGAACAGGAGAUCGCGGACAUCACGCCCAUCGUCGUUUUAGGUGGAAUGGAAUUGUCAACAGCUCCACUGAAGAUGUCCCUGAGUGUGGAAGCGAAAGCCUGGAAACUGAUGCUGUGCAAGUACGUACAAAAGGAAUACAAGAAGAAGCUGAUGGACAUGAUCGCUUUCAUUAGUGAGCAGCAAAAAAAACUCUCACGCCCUAUAGCUGACCUGGACGACGUGAGAUUCGCUAUGGAAGCCCUGUCCAAUAUCCGGGACUCAGAAAUUAUAAUGGACAUGACCAUGGGGCCCAUCGAGGAAGCCUAUUCUAUACUAAACAAGUUUGAAGUGGAAGUGACGAAGGAGGAGGCCGAGGGUGUGGAUACACUAAGAUACUCUUUUGCUAAACUGCAGUCCAAAGAGAGAGCAGUCCAGCAUGAACUGGUCAGUGCGCAGCCCAAGUUGAAAGAGAAUCUCCUGGAAUCAGUCGGCACGUUUCAGAAUGACUUGAUGACUUUCGGCCAGAAGUAUGAAACGGAAGGCCCGAAUGUUUCAGGCAUUUCACCUGAGGAGGCCAGCAUCAGACUUCAAAUCUUCCAGACUGGGUUUGAUAACCUGUGGAGGAAGUUCACCACAUAUUCUUCUGGAGAACAGUUGUUCGGCCUGCCCGUCACUGAAUAUGAUGUUCUACAGAAAGCUCGGAAAGAGCUCGGGCUUCUUCAGAAGCUGUACGGCCUCUACGAUGCGGUCAUGAAUAAGAUCAGCGGCUAUUACGAAAUCCUCUGGACCGAAGUGGAUAUUGAAAAGAUCAACACGGAGCUUUCAGAAUUCCAAACCAGAUGCCGAAAGCUCCCUAAAGGACUGAGAGACUGGCAGGCGUUUUUAGAUCUGAAGAAAAGGAUCGAUGACUUCAGCGAGUCGUGCCCUCUCCUGGAGAUGAUGGCUCACAGAGCGAUGAAGCAGAGACACUGGGAACGCAUCGCUGACCUGACGCAGCACAAGUUUCACGUGGAUUCGGACACGUUCUGCCUUCAAAACAUAAUGGAGGCCCCACUGCUGAAACACAAAGAAGACAUAGAGGACAUCUGCAUCUCAGCAGUAAAGGAGAAGGAUAUCGAGGCCAAGCUGGCACAGGUGGUUGAUUUAUGGUACAGUCAGUUGCUCACAUUUAUGGCUUUUAAAGGCAGAGGAGAGCUGAUGCUUAAAGGAGCUGAGACGGCAGAAAUCAUCACUGCCAUGGAGGACAGUCUGAUGGUGCUUGGAUCACUUCUAAGCAACAGAUACAACACUCCUUUUAAGAAAGACAUCCAGAACUGGGUUUUUAAGCUCUCCACAUCAUCAGACAUCAUCGAGCAGUGGCUGCUUGUUCAGAACCUGUGGGUGUACCUGGAGGCCGUGUUUGUGGGUGGAGACAUUGCCAAGCAGCUUCCACAGGAAGCGAAGCGCUUCCAGAACAUCGAUAAAUUAUGGAUAAAGAUCAUGCAGAGAGCCCAUGAGAUCCCCAGUGUGGUGCAGUGCUGCGUGGGAGAUGAGACCAUGAGCCAGCUUCUACCUCACCUGCAGGAGCAGCUUGAACUCUGCCAGAAAUCUCUCACAGGCUACCUGGAAAAGAAACGACUGCAGUUCCCCCGCUUUUUCUUUGUGUCCGAUCCUGCUUUACUGGAAAUCCUCGGACAAGCCAGUGACUCUCACACCAUCCAGGCUCAUCUCCUGGGAGUGUUCGACAACGUCAGUGAGGUGGAGUUUCAUGUCAAGGACUACGACAAGAUUUUGGCGGUGAUCUCUCAGGAGGGCGAGAAAGUACCCCUGGACAAACCAGUAAUGGCGCGCGGUCCUGUGGAACUCUGGUUGGGAGAGUUACUGGUGCAACAGCAAGCCUCACUGCACUCAGUCAUAAAAGCAGCUCAGCUGCAGAUUAAUGAGCCCGACUUCCAGCUCCUCACCUUCCUUAACCAGGUCCAAGCUCAGGUGAAAAUGAACAUCAGGUCCCUCGGUGACUUUGAAUGGCUGAAGCAGAGCAGAUUUUAUUUCCGGGAGGAUCAGGAUCACGUCGCAGUGUCGAUCACGGACGUCGACUUCAUCUAUCAGAACGAGUUUUUAGGCUGCACGGACAGGCUGGUCAUCACUCCUCUUACAGACAGGUGUUACAUUACCUUAGCUCAGGCGUUAGGUAUGAGUAUGGGCGGAGCUCCUGCUGGUCCGGCUGGGACGGGCAAAACCGAAACCACCAAAGACAUGGGCCGCUGCCUGGGGAAGUACGUCGUGGUCUUUAACUGCUCCGACCAGAUGGACUUCAGAGGACUGGGCAGGAUUUAUAAAGGUCUGGCUCAGUCUGGGUCCUGGGGAUGCUUCGAUGAGUUUAACAGGAUCGACCUGCCCGUGCUGUCGGUCGCUGCACAGCAGAUCCACAUCGUCCUGAGCGCUCGCAAAGAGCGCAAAGCUCAGUUCCUCUUCACCGACGGAGACUGUGUGGAUCUGAACCCCGAAUUCGGACUCUUUAUUACCAUGAACCCGGGCUACGCCGGUCGCCAGGAACUGCCCGAAAAUCUAAAGGUGCAGUUCAGGACCGUUUCUAUGAUGGUUCCUGACAGACAGAUCAUCAUGAGAGUCAAACUGGCCAGCUGUGGUUUCAUCGAGAACGUUAUACUGGCUCAGAAGUUCUUUGUGCUUUAUAAACUGUGUGAGGAGCAGCUCACGAAGCAGGUUCACUAUGAUUUUGGGUUGAGGAACAUUCUGUCGGUUUUGAGGACUCUGGGAGCUGAGAAACGGGCUCGACCCUCAGACUCUGAGUCCAGCAUCGUGAUGAGGGUUCUGCGUGACAUGAACCUCUCCAAACUGGUGGAUGAAGACGAGCCUCUGUUUCUCAGUCUGAUCAGUGACCUGUUUCCUGGGAUUCAGCUGGAUAACAGCACCUACGCUGAGCUGCAGGCUGCAGUCGCCACACAAGUGCAACAAGCAGGAAUCGUUAAUCACCCGCCGUGGAACCUCAAGCUCAUACAGUUAUACGAGGCGUCGCGGGUGCGUCACGGCCUGAUGACCCUCGGCCCGAGCGGAGCCGGAAAGACGACCGCCAUUAACAUCCUCAUGCGCGCCAUGACAGAGUGCGGCGCUGCUCACAGAGAGAUGAGGAUGAACCCCAAAGCCAUCACCGCGCCCCAGAUGUUCGGCCGUCUGGACGCCGCUACCAACGACUGGACCGACGGGAUCUUCUCCACCCUGUGGAGGAAAACUCUCAGAACUAAAAAGGGAGAAAACAUCUGGAUUGUGCUGGAUGGGCCAGUAGACGCCAUCUGGAUCGAGAACCUGAACUCGGUGCUGGACGACAACAAAACUCUGACCCUGGCGAACGGUGACCGGAUCCCUAUGUCCCCGAGCUGUAAGCUGGUGUUUGAGGUGCACAACAUGGACAAUGCUUCUCCCGCUACCGUCUCCAGAGUGGGCAUGGUGUUCAUGAGCUCCUCCGCUCUCAGCUGGAGACCCAUUCUGCAGGGCUGGACCAACAAGCGCAGUGCUCAGGAAGCUGACAGCCUGAUGAGCCUGUAUGAUAAGAUAUUUGAAGAUGCUUAUAUAUUCAUGAAACAAAACCUCAAGCCAAAAAUGCAGCUCUUGGAGUGCAACUACGUUAUGCAGUCGGUAAACCUGCUGGAGGGUCUGAUUCCUCCUAAAGAUGCUGGAGGCACGUUGAGCAGCGAGCACCUGGAGCGCCUCUUCGUGUUCUGCAUGAUGUGGAGUCUGGGAGCUCUGCUGGAACUGGAUGACCGGGACAAGAUGGAGCUGUUCGUUCGCUCUCAUGAAAGCAAGCUUGACCUGCCACCGACAGAGCCUGGCCAGACCAUGUUCGAGUACAUGGUCAAUCAGAACGGUGACUGGGAUCACUGGAGUAAAUACGUCGUGCAGUACGUCUACCCCACAGACUCGGCACCAGACUACACGUCCAUUCUCGUUCCCAACGUGGACAACACCAGAACGAGCUUCCUGAUUGAGGCCAUCGCAAAACAGCGCAAGGCUGUUCUCCUCACCGGUGAACAGGGGACUGCCAAGACGGUCAUGAUUAAGGCCUACACGAAGAAAUACAACCCUGAGAUGGAUCUGUUCAAAUCCAUGAACUUCUCCUCCGCCACGGAGCCGAUCAUGUUCCAGCGGGCAGUAGAGAGUUACAUAGAGAAGCGGCUGGGCAGCACAUACGGACCCCCCGGCAGACGGAGACUGACCGUUUUUAUUGAUGACAUCAACAUGCCUGUCGUCAAUGAAUGGGGAGAUCAGAUCACAAAUGAAAUAGUGCGUCAGACGAUGGAGAUGUCGGGCAUGUACAGUCUGGAUAAACCCGGUGAUUUCACCACCAUAACAGACGUUCAGAUGAUGGCCGCCAUGAUCCAUCCCGGCGGUGGCAGGAACGAUAUUCCUCAGAGACUGAAGAGACAGUUCACAGUGUUUAACUGCACGCUUCCGGCCAACUCCUCCAUCGACAUGAUCUUCGGAAUUAUUGGCUGUGGAUAUUUCCAUCAGUGUCGAGGAUUUACACCAGAGAUCUCUGACACUGUACAGCGUCUCGUACCCGCUUCCCGGAUUCUCUGGCAAUGGACCAAGGGGAAGAUGUUGCCCACUCCAUCAAAGUUUCACUACUUCUUCAACCUAAGAGAUCUGUCCAGGAUUUGGCAGGGCAUGCUGAAGAUCAGAGCAGAAGAGUGUGAGACAGUCGCCACCCUCCUGUCCUUGUUCAAGUGUGAAUGCACUCGAGUCAUCGCAGACCGGUUUGUGUGUGAGGAGGAUAAGCACUGGUUCGAGAAGUCUAUAGCCCAGGUCAUUCAGGAACACGUGGAUCCUGCUUUGGUGCCACACCUCCACCCCGACCCUUACUUUGUGGACUUCCUGAGAGAGGCUCCAGAGCCUACAGGAGAGGAGGCUGAUGACGCCUGUCUCGACGCUCCCAAAAUCUAUGAACUGGUGCCGGACUUCCAGUUCCUGUCGGAGAGACUGCGGUUCUAUCAGAGCCAGUAUAACGAGGCUGUUCGGGGCUCACAUCUGGACCUGGUCUUCUUUACUGAUGCCAUGACCCACCUCAUCAAGAUCUCCCGCAUCAUCAGGACCGAUGGAGGAAGCGCUCUGCUGGUGGGAGUGGGAGGGUCGGGCAAGCAAAGCCUUUCACGGCUCGCGUCGUACAUCGCCGGUUACAGGAUAUUCCAGAUUACACUCACUAGAACCUAUAACAUCAGCAACCUGAUGGAUGACCUGAAAGUGCUGUUCAGAACGGCCGGCGCUGAAGGAAAAGGCGUCACGUUCAUCUUCACGGACAACGAGAUAAAAGACGAGGCCUUCCUAGAGUACCUUAACAAUGUUUUGUCAUCUGGAGAGGUCUCGAACCUUUUUGCUCGUGAUGAACUGGACGAGAUAACACAGAAUCUCAUCCCCGUAAUGAAAAAGGAGACGCCCCGAGUGCCGCCCACCUUUGAUAAUCUGUAUGAAUACUUCAUCUCCCGGGCCAAAAAGAACCUCCAUGUGGUGCUGUGUUUUUCCCCGGUGGGGGAGAAGUUCCGCUCCCGCUCUCUGAAGUUCCCCGGACUGAUAUCCGGAUGCACCAUGGACUGGUUCACCCCGUGGCCGAGUGAAGCCCUGAUGGCCGUGUCCCAGUAUUUCCUCUCGGACUUCCACAUGGUCUGUUCGCCUGAGGUGAAGACUGCGGUGGUCCAGACUAUGGCCGUCUAUCACGACAGAGUCUCCUCCACCUGCGAGAGCUACUUUGAGAGAUUCAGACGAAGGGCCCACGUCACCCCGAAAUCCUACCUGUCCUUCAUCAAUGGAUACAAAACCCUCUAUACAGAGAAGCACACCCACAUCAACACUCUUGUUGAGCGCAUGAAUGUCGGUCUAGCCAAGCUAAUGGAAGCCAGCGAAUCCGUCGCGCAGCUGUCCAGAGACCUGGUGGUGAAGGAGCAGGAGCUGGCGUUGGCCUCGGCCCGAGCCGACAAGGUCCUCAAGGAGGUGACUGUGAGCGCCGAGGCCGCCUCUGUGGUCAAAAACGAGGUGCAGGUGGUGAAGGAUAAAGCGCUGAAGAUCGUGGAGGAAAUCGAGAAGGAAAAAGGUGUGGCAGAGCUGAAGCUGCAGGCGGCUGAACCUGCACUCAUGAAAGCUGAGGCGGCUUUAAACACCAUCAAACCGGCCGAUAUCGCAACAGUGAGGAAACUGUCCAAGCCACCACAUUUAAUCAUGAGAAUUAUGGACUGCUGUCUGCUUCUCUUCCGCAAGAAGCUGGACCCCGUCGUCAUGGAUCCAGAGAGGCACUGCCUUAAGCCCUCCUGGAGCGAAGCCAUGAAGCUGAUGAGCGGCGGCGGCUUCCUGACGUCACUGCAGCAGUUUCCUAAGGACACGAUAACCGAAGAGACGAUGGAGCUGCUGGAGCCGUACUUCCAGAUGGAGGAUUACACGCUGGAGAACGCCAGUAAAGUGUGCGGAAACGUGGCGGGUCUGCUGUCCUGGACACAGGCUAUGGCCACCUUCUUCAGCAUCAACAAGGAGGUGCUGCCACUGAAGGCUAAUCUCAGCGUUCAGGAGAACAGGCUAACGGCAGCUAAUAAGGAACUGGCUAACGCUCAGGCCCAGCUGGAUGAAAAGCAGGCAGAGCUGGACAUGGUGCUGGCCAAAUUCGAAGCAGCCAUGAAGGAGAAGCAGGAUCUGCUGAACGACGCCGAAUCGUGCAGAAAUAAAAUGCAGACGGCCUCCGCUCUGAUCGACGGGCUGAGCGGGGAGAAAGUGCGCUGGACCGAGCAGAGCAGAGAGUUCACCUCACAGAUCAGCAGGCUGGUUGGAGACGUCCUGCAGCUGACCGGCUUCCUGUCCUACUGUGGUCCGUUCAACCAACAGUUCCGUAACAUGCUGCUGAAGGAGAUCUGGGAGGCCGAGCUCACGAAGAAGAACAUUCCCUUCACUGAAAACCUGAACCUGAUCUCCAUGCUGGUGGACCAGCCCACAAUCAGCGAGUGGAAUCUGCAGGGCCUUCCGGGUGAUGACCUGUCGGUGCAGAACGGCAUCAUUGUCACCAAAGCUACCCGCUUCCCCCUCCUCAUCGACCCCCAGACUCAGGGCAAGGCUUGGAUCAAGAAGAAGGAGAAAGCCAACGAGCUCCAGGUCACGUCUCUGAAUCACAAGUACUUCCGCACCCAUCUGGAGGACAGCCUGUCCCUGGGUCGCCCUCUGCUCAUCGAGGAUGUACCCGAGGAGCUGGACCCAGCGCUGGAUAACGUGCUGGAGAAGAACUUCAUCAAGUCUGGAUCCUCCUACAAGGUUAAAGUCGGAGACAAAGAGAUCGACGUGAUGGACGGCUUCCAACUCUACAUCGCCACCAAGCUGCCCAACCCGUCCUACACGCCCGAGGUCUGUGCCAAAACCUCCAUCAUCGACUUCACCGUGACCAUGAAGGGCCUGGAGAACCAGCUGCUGGGCAGAGUCAUCCUGACCGAGAAAUACGAACUGGAGGCUGAGAGGCUGAAUCUGAUGCAGGACGUCACGGCCAACAAGAGGAAGAUGAAAGAGCUGGAGGAUAAUUUGCUUUACAAGCUCAGCACCACAAAAGGCUCUCUGGUCGACGACGAGUCCAUGAUCGGGAUCUUGAGAGUCACUAAGGAAACAGCAGCGGAGGUGAGCGAGAAGCUCAACGUGGCCACCGAGACGGAGACGAAGAUCCUCGCCGCUCAGGAGGAGUACCGUCCCGCGGCGUCCCGCGGCAGCAUCCUCUACUUCCUCAUCACAGAGAUGAGCAUGGUCAACGUCAUGUACCAGACCUCGCUCGCCCAGUUCCUCAGGAUCUUCGACCUCUCCAUGUCGAGGUCAGAAAAAACCCCCCUGACCCAGAAGCGCAUCGCUAACAUCAUCGACUGUCUGACGUACGAGGUGUUCAGAUACACGGUCCGAGGCCUGUACGAGAAUCACAAGUUCAUCUUCACUCUGCUGCUGGCUCUCAAGAUCGAUCUGCAGAAGGGCAACAUCAAGCACAGCGAGUUCCAGAUUCUUAUUAAAGGUGCCACCUGAGACAGAAAGCUACAGCACACGAGGGAAUAUUUAUCCCUCUGUCUCUUUAACUUUCUAAUUUAAUGCCCUAAACUCAUUUUUAACUCGCACAG